AUCACACUCACUCCUCUCCUACCUAAGCCUUCCACUCCUGACAUCAUGUACUACACCGACUUUGAGGGCUCUGUCUUCCCAGGAUGCUACUGGGGCAGCUACGGCUACCCACUGGGUUACAGUGUUGGCUGUGGCUAUGGUAGCACCUACUCUCCAGUUGGCUAUGGCCUUGGCUACGGCUACAAUGGCUGUGGGGCUUACAGAAGAUACUGGCCAUUUGCUCUCUACUGAUUUGCUGUGAUCCCCUAGGCACAGAUCCAUCUCUUCAUGAAGGCUCCAUGGUGCCUCCCGGUUCCAGCUUCACCUCCUUUUAUCCUUUGCUCAUCAACCUCUCCCAAGAAGCUGCUUUGUCUCCAACAAAGGAACUGAACAUCUAGUUGAUGCCUUACUCUGCCUUUCCUGGAUGCUCUCUAUUGGGACUUUUCCAGAAGCUUGGCAACCACUAUAGCACGUGUUGCUUUUGAAUAUGUCAAGACUUUCAUGAUUCCCUGUCAUGGUGAAGGUGUGGACGUGUCUGUCAAAUUCUCAAUAAAUUUGUCUGAGCUUGCACAGCAUUUC